AUGAGGUUCAACUUAAUAAUUCUUGCUUAUGCGCUUGUGGCGUCGGCUCAACUCGUUGAUCCUUUAUCAGAGGUCAUCUGUCCGGAUUCCAAUCCUGCCAAUUGCUAUCCCAAGAUCUUUGUCCCUACGGACGAGUGGCAAAUUGUCCGUGAAGACCAGCAGAUUCCUCCGGGACUCCAUGUCAGAAUCAAUUUAGAAACUGGCUUGGAAGAGGCCAAAUUGAACGAAGACAUUCCUCAUAAUAAUCCAGAGCUCAUGGUAGUUCCUCAAACAGAUGAACUUGAGGAGAAAAUCCACGAAGCAAACGAGGACAUGAAACAAAAGAUUCAGGAUACACUUGCUAAGUAUAAGAAGGAAAAAAAUUCCUUUGUUCGGUCUAAGGUGAGCCAGUCUGACCUCACUGACUUCAGCUCAUCAGUAAAGGAGUUGUUAGCCUUUGGAGAUGGUGGGGAUAUAUCCAGAUUGGAGAAGGCUUUGGAUACAUUGACUGAAUUGAGUCACGAUAUCGAGUUUGGAGUUCGCUUGUCUAAGGAUGCCGAUAUUUUUGCGGCUCUUCAGAGGGUAUCAAGUUUGGCUUUAGAUGAAGAAGAUGUUGGGGAGAAGGCAUUCAGGAUCAUGGGAUCCUCCUUGAGAAAUAACCCAGAAGCUAUUGAAAAUGUCAUUAAAAACCAGCCUGCCUCAUUCUUCUCUGACUUAUUUGAGGUGUUGCAAUUACCAUCUACGAGCGAUGUGAUCCAGAAAAGAAUCUUGGGAGUUAUCCAUGCACUUUCGGCUGAUCGCCAGCUCGCCUACCAGCAUCUCAACAUUAAUGACGUGCAGCAUUCUGCUGGGUUAGAUACGCUACUUGGGUUCUUUCCGAAGGCCGGUCGCUCUGCUAAAGAGAGAAUCAUUCUCAUCUUGGAAGAUUUGGACGUAAUCUCAGAGAACCCCACUUCACAUUUCGACAAGAGAUCUUUGGAAAUGUCUAUGAAGCCAGAAUACAAGGUCUCGAAGUUGUUGCAGAGUGUUUUGUCGGAAGGAAGGGCCAAAUCUGAGAAGCAAUUCAAGGACCAUUUUAAUACAUUGGUGAGUUUGCACAGUGACCACAAAUUGGAUAUUUCCAAGGAGUUCCUUGAGUGGUUGAGUGAAGAAGUUGAACUCCGCAAGCUUGGAAAAAGGGCUAGAGACGCUAUUUAUUCGGGUGAAGACGGCGAGUUCGAUGCCAUGAUGUUGGAAGCUAGACACGUUGUGUUUGGAAACCCCAAUGCCUAUCGCAAAGCCAACGACGAGUUGUAG